AUGAGGCGCAGUGCGGGCCUGUUGGCAAGCGUGCGUCCGCGCGUGCUCACGCGCGAGAUGCCGUCUGUGACGCGAUCCCUGUUUGGUUUGUUCAAGCGGCGCGCGCCUGCGCCUGCCAAGGCGCCCGCGCCCGUCCCGGUGCUCGCGCCCGACAACCUGUUCCACAAGCUGUCCGAGUCGCCGAUCCCGUCGAUGCGCGCGCGCGGCGAGCGCAUCCGCUCGCUCGCGCCGUGCCCCGUGAGCAUGGCCAAGUAUGGCGAGCGCCGCCUCGUCAACUUCGAAUGCCCCGACUGUGGCUGGCCCACGCACUACUCCGAGAAGGAGUGGCGUGAGGAUACGGAGCAUGCGCGGUACGUGCCGCGCCUGCGCGAGGCCAACGAGGACGAGCACGACCUGCGCAGCGGCCGCCCCAUGAGCGAGUUCCAGCUGCCGCGCAGCCAGCCACACGAGGCGGCCGUCAACUUGUCCGGCUGGGACCAGUACUUUUACACGCGCAACUUUCCCUCGAUCGAAGCGGAGCGCAGCAAGCGCCACGUCUCCAAGCUGCUCACAUUCCCCAUGACGAUCGUCGGUGCACUGCACGAGUUCAGCCCGUACACGCGCCGCAACGCGCGCCUCACGCACGAGGGACUCCGCUCGCUGGCCCCCCUGCGUCAGACGCUGCAUCCCGAGCUUGGCUCGCGGCCGCACCUCGACCCCGUGCGCAUCUUUGUCGUCGGCGCACGCGCCGAGGCGACGCUUCCGCCGGACGUGUGGAACCAGAUCUCGUACAUGUUCCCGAAGGUGCCCAUCCACGUGUUUCUGAUCGGCCCCGAGGCCCUCAUCCUGCCGCGGAACGUCCCGAGCCCGUGGAAUCACCCCAUGUACAAGGAGCGCGCGACGCCGUACCCCUUCCCGUCGCGCAGCAUCGCCGUGUCCGAGAACCUCACGCUGACGGCCAUCCAGACGACGUACGAGACGGUCCACUCGUUCUUCGAGCCGUUCGAUCCCUACACGGACGUGUUCUUUGCGUUCGCGCCGGGCUUUGGCUUCCCCAGUGUGAUUGCCGUCGAAGAGCAGGCGCGGCUGCGGGCCGAAGAGCGCGAGGACAGGCGGCGCACGCAGGAGGCGCGCGACACGUACUUUGCCAAGCACGCGCCCCUGGACGACGCGCCCCAGAGCUCGUUCCGCCCAACUGAGGUCGCGAAGAACCCGGCGGGCGGCGACGUGCCGUCCGACGAGCCGGCGCCCGCCGUCGUGGCGCUGCGUCCGCAGCAGGGCGCCUUUACGUCGCUGCAGGCCGCCCCGGUCGUGCAGGCACAGCGCGAGUGGGCGCAGUCCCUCGGGCAGAUCCUCUCGACGCGCUGCGCCCUCUUCGUUUCGGGCUUCUCGCCCGCCGACGUGGAGCGCGACGUGCUGGCGUUCGAGUCGGUGGACGGCGUCAGCGGCGAGUUUGACUGGCUGCUCACGCCCGGCGAAAAUGUGUUUGCGAGCCAGCAGUGGGCCAUUGCCGACUUUGAUCCACGCAUCGCCGUCAAGGCCAACUGGGGCCUGUGGGCCGUGCGCGGCAAGCGCUACGACAUUCUCGGCCCCCAGUGGGAGUAG